CGAAGAAGAGGAGACAGAGAGCAGGAGGAGAAGAAGAAGAAGAGGAGGAGAGCAGAGAGAGAGAAAGAGAUCCGGGGAGAAAUGCCCGCUGGACGGAUGGAUUUUAUUUUCCCCGAGCUGUUCGAGCCUCUGUAAGACAACAUGGGCUGCAUAGGAUCCCGGACGAUCACAGUGGAUGCGGUACCUGUACGGAAAGAUGGGGAUCAGCAUGGCCGUACCGAGUUUUCCUGGGAAGGAAUCAAUUUGUCCAUGGAGGACACUACUUCCAUUCUGCCUCGUCUCAAGAGAAAGCCCGCCCAGACCUAUGGGAUCGGUGCCCUGGCUAAGUCCUCUCUGACAGGUGUGUCAGGUGUGACUCGCUCCAUGAAGGACAAAGUGACCAAGCCCACUGCCAUGGCCCAGGGUCGCGUCGCACACAUGAUCGAGUGGCAGAGCUGGGGCAAGCCAUCCGCGGGGCCAAUGGGGAGCGCGGGACACACCAACCUGCAGAGGGAAAAGGAGAGGAGGAUGGAGAAUGAUGCUUACAGCGACCUUAGUGAUGGCGAGAAGGAGGCUCGCUUUGCUGCAGGCAUCAUGCAGCAGUUUGCGAUCUCUGAAGCGACUCUGUUUGGGUGGAACUCGAUGGACGGGGAGAGUAUGGGAGCUGGCUCCAACCAGGGCAGCGUCGCUCACCUCAGUGAGGUUAACCAGGAGAGCAUCACCAGCAGAGACCAGGUGCUCCACCACCACUCCUCAGCGGACGUCUGGCCUCACACCUACGUCUCACAGGGCCUGUACUGCCUGUCAUCCUCUGACGCCUGGGACCCAAUCACCAGCCAGCCCUCGGGCGUGGCCUCGCCUGCUGCAGGCUCCUACAUCAUGGCUGCUGGUGGCAGCAGUGGAGCAGGGGGGACACCUGGUGAGGGGUUUGAGGGGACGGUAGGCAGUUACCUUCAGCAGCACCACGCUCAUCUCGCCCUGCAGCAACAGAGUCAACUCCAACAGCUCCAGCAGCUUCACCAGUACCAGCAGCAUCAGCUUCUGCAGUACCAACAACAACAACAGUCUAUGGAGCAAAGGCUACAUAGUGCCUCUCAUUCCCUGCAAGCCACUCCCAACAGCACCAUCCACAGUCUCGGCCCUCCCACCCACCCUCGGCUAGCUGACCUGUGGGGAGCUGCGCAGGUCGAGGCACACCACGUGGAGAUUGUUGGACAGCUGAGUGGACAAAUGGCUGACAUGGUCGGAGGAGUUGUGGAGACGGUUGGAGAGGAGUCAGAGUCCGGAGGUAUCCCGGAGCAGCAUGAAGAAGAAGAGGAGGAGCUGACAAAGAUAGAAGAGGUGACAUUAACCUUGGAGCCGGAGCGGUGCUCUCUGACCCCGUCCCCGCUGAGGGAGGACGACUCCUCCACCAGAGGCUCAAGCCCGGGACUGCCAUCGCAGACCGCCGAGCCUGUCGCAGAGAGGAUACCAUUCGACGUCACGCCCUGCGUCGUCCAAUCACUAGAGGAGAAGGACGAAGAGGCGGAGGAGGGCUCUGUUGUUAUUGUUGCGACCAACUAAAUCAUAAAACUGUCAAAAACAGGAAAUAAAUACUUCAAUAAUCAAUCAAGCUACUCUACCCCAUCCCCAAAGCCCUCCCAACUAUUUACCCACUUUGAGUACAAGGAAACACGAGGAAACGCGAGACGACUUUUUCAGACGAUAACGUGGGAUGUAAUGUACACAAACUAAAUGCCAAGAAGCCCCCCCAAGUAACUGCGGGAAAUGUGGAAUAAAACGUAUGUGACAAUGAACACAUCUAAUUUAAAGUAGAUAAAACACUUGAAUUCAGUGUUCUGCUGAAACAAGCUGCGUGAGGAUGAGAUGAAGAAGUUUGGACCAACCGGACCAAAGAACCAGGACUGAGAGCUGAACUCUUGGACGGCUGUGAAAUACGCAAAAGACAUUUAAAAAAAAAAAAAAAAAGAAAAGAAAAUGUAGGACAAAAGAAGGAUGGAAAGGCCCUAGUUUAAAAUCAGUAUCAGCGCAAUACAACAAACAUGGACACAACAAGGUCAAACAGUACCUGCAAAUAACUCUGAGUGGUUGGUUCAGGUGUAGCAUGUUAGAUCUGAAAAACUUUGCAGGACCAGACACUUGACGUUGUCAGAGAGUUUCAUUAGCUGAAUAAUGUAUUUUACUUUGACAGCUUGUCUGAACCCCAGCUGAGAUGUUCUGAUGAGAUUAAACCCAUCCAGUGACCUGCGGCACACACUUAGAGUUAUUUGCAAACACACGAUCUGGACAAAACCAAAAGAAAGUGCAUGCUUUUUAACAGUGACCUAGCCGUAUAAACACAGUAUACAAAGUAAUAAUAUAUCAAAUUGCUUUUUCUAAAAAAAAGACAAAGAAAAUCCAAUAAACUGAUAUG